CCCUUUCACACCCUCUCCUCUCUUCUCCUCCUUUUCAACCCCUGCUCACCCCGACUAUACUAGUUGUACAUACAAAAGGUUGGCACCUAAGAGAUCUCGACGCCGCGCGCUUUUUUUCCCUUAUUGAUUCUUUACAACUCUCUGCCCCGGACCCAAGCAAAACUCCCGUCCAAAAUUGUCUCCUACGCGAUGGCUAUUCACCCAACUUUACGCACUCAGUCGAGUGUCCAAGGAACUUUGUCCCCGCAGCAAGCCCGGGCUAUCUCGGCUUGGUCAGAACAGGCGGCUGCGCAUCUCGAGAACCUGACCAUCGCGGAUUCGGUUCCUACUAGCGACCAGCAUUGGCCCGGUCCAGCGUCCGCGUCAACGCGCAACACCUUGCGAGGGACCACCGUUACCUUAUCAAUCCCCCUCGAUGACCCAAUCCCCAGUGCUGGCAAUGCAUCCGCCCCGAGGGUCGGGGUCUGUGGUCCGACUUCAACCCAGGCGCACCAAGUCCCUUCGGUCAGUUUCCGGCGCCGGGAGCCACUCCGUCGCGAUAGUCUCAGGCGGCGCGAGGCGUUACGAAAGGGGAAGGAUGGAAGUCGUCGCAGACAACGCUGGGAGAACGAUCACCUUCUGCAUAACCCAUGGGCAGAACCACCAUCUCCUAACGACUGGGUUGUGGAGCCAACCUACACUCGGCAUGACCCAAUGCCAUACUACCUCGCUCCUCUCUGGGAUGUCCAUUACAAGCACAUAGACCACAAUUCGUCGAAGCAGACAGCAAGAGGCACAAAAGGCGAGAAGCAUCGGGUUCCAAAGGAUCUCCGCCUCAAGCUGAAGCAUGCGCGUGCUGCACGGGGUAUGCUCCAGGAUAUUGAGGAGGAUAUCAGACAAUUCAUUCGGAGAUGGGGCGAGAAGCAGUCUUUGCUCCAGAAGGAUGGCUUAGCCGACGCGCCAGAAUCAUCAGACGAAGAUUCUGAAGAUGAGGUUGUGUUUGUGGGGAGGAACGGGCAGAUGCACGACUCACCCGACCGCAAGAAACAGUUGCAGCAGAUGCGUCGGGUGAUGCAUGCUAAUAAAGAACGUAAUGGGGAGAAGUUGGUUUUCGAGAGCCUGGUAGAUGACCGGGCCGCUGGGUUUGGUCGCUGGCUCGUCCACUCCAUUGCCUCUUACUAUGGCCUACAUACUUGGUCUGUCACAGUAGGAGAACCUGCCCGUCGCGAGGCAUACGUUGGAUUCUACCCUCCAGCUCCGGGGAGUCGUACUGGUCUUGUAGCUCAGCCGACAUCCUGCCGUCAGGAAGCAAUGAUCAAACCAGGCGAUGCGCUUCCGCAGCCUUUGUGGGCGCAGGUAUGAGCUUGUCGAGCAGAUUCCUCUCUCGUCGGCGUUGCCUUUAGGUCCCGGGGUUUUAGAGGUUAGAGGCUGGGAUCAGCGGUUGUAGUUUAGUACGGUUUCGGUGUAAGAUAGGCAAAUCGAUUCCGAUAUGUCAAUUCGGGGGGAUGCCUGCCUUGA